CGCCCAUCAACUGCUUCUGUUAAAAGCGAGCGCGCGCCCGCGCCGCCGACAGCCUGAGCAGCGCUUCUGAACGACGCGAGUGCGUGCUAGUGCGCCGGCUGCGAACGCUCACAUCUGUGGCUUGCACGCUACGGGACGAACGGGAUUUACAUCGCCAAAUCGUUCAUCUCAAAGGUACCGAGAUGUUGGUGAAUAAGAUCGUGCAGUUGGCAGUGUUCGUACUGACGGUAGCGUGGGACUGCCGCUGCGACGCCGCAACGGUCGCCGUCAAGCUGUGCGGCAGAGAGCUCAGCGACUUCAUGAGCAGAAUCUGCCACCAGUACAACAGCCCCAACUGGGACGUUCCCACAGUUAUAGAGCAGCCCGCAGCGGUCGUUCGUCGGAAAAGACGAACCGGCAUCGUGGACGAGUGCUGCGUCUACGGCUGCACGUGGGAGCAACUCAGCUCGUACUGCGCGAUCAGUGCUAAAUCAGAAUCGCCACUGGACUCCAUGGAGGCGCACAUGAUUGCGGACCGGUCGGCGGAGGCGGUGGUGUCGCCGGCGGUGCUGGGCGAGCCGCUCGCGGGCGAGGACCCCCGGCGCGAGGUGGGGCGCAGGCGCAGCGGGUACGGGCGCGCACGAGCACGGGGCCGCCGGUGUCGGUGCCGACGCAAAAGGCGCUCGGGCCGCCGGCGAUCCUCUCUCAUGGGUAACAUGGGAUUAGUAAGCAAUGCCGCGCGCGCUGCUCCCGUCCUGGGCACGGUCUCCCCGCUGCUGACGUGGGGCCGGACCCUCAACACUGACCUGCCGGCGGUGGAGCGCGACCGAUACGCCUACGUCGCUGUCUACACGUAAACUUAUCGAAGCUUAUUAUCGUUACAACGAAGUAAACAACAGACACGCGUGUUAGUGCACCGACCGCGUGUUUAUGUAUCGUCUUAAGCGCCGUUUAGACUACACGAUGAAUAAGGCACUAAUUUUAGAUCUUUACUAGAGCUACCGAUGAGGUAUUCUGAGCUACUAAAUGCGUAAUUUAGUCCAAUGUCCCGCUAGUCCGAAAGGUCCGAAAGGUCCUAGGGAUUGAUUCCUACGAGUAUGUGAGGCUAUAAAAGAUUUUCUUCCAAAAAAUUUUCAAUAAAAACUCUCAGACCUGAGUCGGUUCGGUAACUUCGUAGACCCACGUGCCUCGGAGACUACGUUAAGCUGUCGGUCCCGGUCAUUAUACCAUCAGAUAGUAAUCGUUAAAAAAUCAAUCAUUAUGCCAUCUCCUAUAAGGAAGGCUGGCCCUUUAGUGGACCGGGCCCACUUAAUGCCUUAUAUUUAUCAUAUAGUCUACAAUGGACGACUUUAUAUGCGGACCAUACAUAGUCAGUCAGUAAAUCACGAUUGCAAUCGUCAGGUCUUAAUCACAAUCACAGAUCAUAGCUCCUCUGUAUUGUGAUCAGAAGCAUGAAUACAGUGGCUUCACUUUGACUUCUGAGGAUGGGACCAUGUAUUAAAUAACGAAUAAUACACCAGACACUCACGACCAUGUUAACCUCUUAGAAAUAUGGGCAGUGUUAAAAUAUCGAAAUAUGGUUUUGGUAUGGUUUCGAUAGUUUUUACUGGAUGUUUAACUUGAUCGUGUGUAGUUGGCGUUAGAUGACUUCUGAAAUCUCGGUCUCGCUGACUGGGGACUGGCCCGCCGCGCCAGUAUUUUGCCAGCUCUGCCAUCCUAUAGUUACGCCACUGGAUGAAUAUGUCAAUCCACUCUGUAAUCUAUCAAUCUGGAUUGUGAUUAUCGUAUUGAUUGUACAUAGUGAUCGAAACUGACGGUACCGUAACGCCGGCCAUAUCCUUACUACGAGUUUGCACGACUAAAGUGUCUUUCAGAUAGCAUGGUGCGGGUGACAGUUCGUUUAGAUCUUGAACGUUAACGCGUUUCGCGAUAAUAGUACCUACGUAUUAUGGACGUCAUAAGGCAAUUGUCACCCCCUACCAAUGCUAUCAGAAAAAUACUUUAAUGGUUUUUCGUGAGUAGAUAUUAUGUAUGUCAAACCUUUCUAUCAUGUUAUGUAGGUACAUACGUCCUAAGAUUUCUAACGUGGAAAUCGAUAUAGAAUUUAGUUUUGGAAAGCUAUUUAAAAUAUCGUAUUAAGGGUGUGGCCAACAUCAGAACAAAUAAUGUUCUAUAGCGUAAUAUUUUUUUUUAAUUUAAUAGUAAAAGUUGUAAAUAAAUGUUCAAUAUCAAAAUUAGUAGGCAGAUAUGUGUAAUCUUCCUAUAUUUUAUACAGGAAGAAAAUUUUUUUAGUGCGGAUAUUUUUAUAUUUUGUACAUAAACAAAAUUUAAUGAUCACGUAUUUUUUCUUUUUUUUUUUAACUCAAAAAUAACAAAAUUAUCGUUAGCUAAAGUUAUUUACUUUUGAACAGAAUUUUAGGGUCACCCUAUUGUGCGUUUAUUUUAUUUUCGUUUGAUACCUAAAGGACGUCACCAGAUCACUUUUAAGCUGAAUAUAUCUUGUUUAGUAAUAAUAUGUACAUUAUUUUGUUAUUUUAGAGACAUAAAUUAAAAAAAAAAAUUACAUAAAAUGUAUCGAACUGUUUGUAGAUUUAUAUUCUAUUAAUGAUACAGAACCACGAAAAAAAAUAUCCGCACUAAAGACCGAAUCACCCUGUAUAUACUAAUAUAAUAAAGAGGUAAAGUUUGUUGUGUUGUAGGGGAUAAUCUCUGGAUCUACUGAAACGAUUUGAAAAAUUCUUUUACUAGUAAAAACCCACAUUAUUGGCGAGUGUCAUAGGUAGUCUAUAUUUUAUCCUCGUGUUCUGACGUAAAUGAGCAAUACGCGAGUGAAACCGCGAGGCGUCGGUUAGUUUGGUAAUAAACUAUAGUCUGGCAAGUUCGUCGGUGAAACUCCCAUGAUAUUUGGUGACGGGGGGGAAAGACUGCGCGCGCUUUUGUCAUUCAUCGCUACACGCCCCCCGGCCCGCGCGGACCGUUGGGAGUGUCCGAUAGUCCACGUGGUCGUUACGAACGAAGUUGCCAAGCUAUAGAACUCGCUUCGUUAGUGACGCAGUAGUCUAAGAUGUACGCACGCUUAGUUGGUAGGAGUUUACCAGUUGCCGCAAUGCACUUUAGUCGUAUUUAGCCCCAACCAAAAGCAACCAGUUCCAUUUUACCAAUUUAGAAAUUAGAAUUUUAAAAUUUAGCCCCAACCGAGAAUGGAACCCGGGACUUAGGCACACCGCUGCACCAGGGAGAUAGUCAAAACCUCUUUACCUGAACAAGUAUACCGAAUGUAAGCCCGGCACAAAAAGAAUUUUGAUGAAACAGUGCCUUCCUAGCAUUUUGUUCAAGUAAAUUUAUUACAUAGGACAUUGGUGCUAAUAUGGUUGAAUAAUAUACACAAAUCUGGUAACUGCAUUUUCAGGUUUAAAUUCUGCUUUAAUCUAUGUCUGUACUAGUUAUUACUAUUACUUUAGACCUGACUUUGUAUAGUUCUGAUUUGUCUAAAACCGAUACAGCAUAAUGUUUUUAACUGUAAAAAAUUGUUUUUUUAAAACGCCUUUUUGUGAGAGUAACGUGUUUUUAAAACAUUUUAAUUUGGAAAUAAGUAUCGUGCGUUUUUCAUAUUUUAAAACACUUACAAAGUAUUAAUGAAUGUUAAUUAACUUAUACUAAAUAGUAUCUGGUUCUGGUAUCUGGUUUUUUGAUAUAUCCUGCAUAAUAUACCUAUGAUAAAUAUACUAUGAAAAAAAAAACAUUCAUCAAUACUUAACUUUUUAAUAUGAUUAAGGAUCUUAUUCUGGUAAAAACGUUAUUCUGGUAACGAGUCGAAAUAAAUAGUUGUACUUGUAACUAAUUAACAACAAUGAAUAUUAUAAUAUAACAAGCGGACGCCCGCGACUUCGUCCGCGUGAAACUCGAUGUUAACUUUCGACUACCCCUACCCUACCCCUACCCUACCUUACCCUUUCCUAUUCUACCCCUACUCUAUUCUACCCCUACCCUCAAAUUAUUUCUGUCAUAAGAACCUUCUCCUGACAAUAACAAACACAUGAAAAAAAAAGAAGUGAAAUCGGUCCAGCCGUUCACGCGUGAGCCGUUCAUGAGUGACGUGACCAAGGCAUAUAUGGAUUCAUUUUUAUAUAUAUAUAGAUAUAAAAACUACGCAUUCCAAAUUGAAGUAGAUUGAAUUUAUAUGUAACUUGUGACUUGUGAGGUGCAUUCAUACAAGCUACCAAACACUUUGGACUUUUUUUUUUGGACUGGUGUUGCAUACCAUAUAUUUAGACAAAGAUGUCAAAGGACAUUGCAAGUACAAGUGACAUUCUCAGUAAACGUCAGGUCAAGAGUACCCUAAAUAGAUGAACUUGUUUGACACGAUUAAUGAGAAUGGAAAAAGCAAGGGAGAUAUGCAAGGAUCAUAGAAAAUUUAAGCAUGUGGCACGCUCCACUUGGCUCCUAAUUGAAUGCACCCUUAGAACAAUGAAUCAUGAAUUAUUGUGUAUACUUAGUUCCAGAUGCAAAUUUUGUUUCAAAUAAUAUUAUGGUUUCAUAACAGCCUACGGUAAAUGGUGUCCAUAGUAAAAACUGAGCACAAAAAGAUGUAUUUUGAAAUUAUGAUCAUUAUAUUUUGUAAGGUCUAUAUAAUCAAUUCACCUACCAUAUAAGGUUAAAAGAUCUCUAAAGCAUCUGUGAUAAUAAUUGCAAUCAAUAAAAAUAAUUCUUUAAUUUAUAAACAACUAGCUUUAUCAAAUUAGAUUAAAGUAUUUCUCUGACAUGUUUGUAAUUUGUGUAUGUGUUUAAGUUGUAGAUGUACAUGUUUAAAUAUAAUGUGACUGAUUAAA